UUUGGAGGUCGUAUACUAAAAGACUCGAAAGCAUAGGUCCAAAGUCAAUCUACAUGUAGUAUAAGAUUCAUAAUUAGCACAAAUCAGAGCUGUUGGAAGGCUGUCUCUCCAAUAAAUUUGACCGUAAAACUUAUAUGGAUCAACAAAAGCAGCAGAAGGUUAAAAACUUGGCCGAGACAGGGCGCUUUUCCCUCGAGUGUAGGACUCGUAGAUCAUUGGUUCAAAGAAAGAAAAGAAGUCAAGUGGAUGGAAUGGUGAUUGACGAGGAAGACAAGUAGCAGGAUUGGCGUAUCAUGCUCUACGAGAGAUUUUUUUUGGAUUGGCAGAAGUGGGCGAUUGGCGAUAGACGAGGGUCUGAUAUGAUAUGCUGAAGCAUUACAUGGUGAGUGGCGACGGGCCGACGGCGACUAGCGAGUCAGUGAGUGGCAACGGCGAGAGUGGACGGCGAGUGGCUGGGUUGCGGGAGAGUAGAGACGGUCGGAGGCUCGGAGGUGGCGAGUUCGAUGGGAGUGGCGAUGGCGAGAGUGCGACGGCGAGUGACUGGGCUGCUGGAGAGUGGCGACGGUCGGACUUCAGAGGCUCGGGGGUUGGAGAGGCGCGUCUGCUGGCGACGGUUGAGGCCGUUCUCCGACGUUUGUGGGAUUGCGGCGGCGACUGCUUGAAGUGGAGAUGGGCGUGUUAGGUGGAAGUGUACAUGGGUCGGGUGGUCAGGGUUUAACCAUUUUAAUCAUCUGACCCAUGCAUUACGGUUUGAGAAAUAUUAAAUCCAAACCCACCCAAAAAAAUUAAAACCCUACGGAUUGUUUCUAAUUGGGUUGGGUUGGCGAUAAUUUUAAGUAAAAACCCAACCCAACACAAAAUAUGUAAUUAUUCUACACCAUAAAAAUAUUUUAUAACUAAUUAAAAUUUCAAAUGAAUAAACCGAGGUGAAAGGUAUCAAAAUUCACAAAUGGUGUUUAAAUUUUAAUAAAAUUUGAUUUAGUUC